UAUAGCUAUGAAGUACACGCUAUCCCUGCUCCUCUGCUUGGUUUCUGUCUGUAGCGCGGCUUACCCUCCUCUAGAACCCUGCCCCGGAGAAAACCGUGGUCACCCACGUGGCAAGUACGGAGACGAGAAGUGCCACCACUCCCGCACUCACAGAGUGUGCGCUAAGAUAGUUGAUAAGAGCAGCGGGCAGUGCACAGCUGUAGAGUGGGGGGAGAGGAACUUCUGGGAGAUUACCAGUCAGGAGAGGUACAACUGGAAGAACAGUGUGUGUUACGGCAGGAACCCUGGGGAGCACUGGUGUAUCUGUAUGUGGGCUACUGCCAAUAUGAUAAACCAGGUGGGGUGUGAUAAUGUGGAUAUAAACUGUGCUGCUACUGACAUUCCGUACGUUCUUUCCCGGAUGGAGGACAGUCGGGGUCGCUGUUCAGGUUCUACUCGCUGGGAUUUGAAGGAAACCAAGGAGUGCUUGCAGAGGAAGUGUCCUGAGCCGGAAUCCUGAUCUGAGCAAAAUUGAACAAAGGAAUGUAACUCGCAACCACACGUUCUAUGAACGUUUAUUUAAACGUUUUAUAGAUAGAAUAAUCAAAUUUAUAUGAUAUAUAAUGUGAUUUGCAUGAUAUAUAAUAUGAUUUAUAUGAUAGAGUUUGGAAAGUUUUCAGAUGAAAUAUUUUAAUUUUAUAUCACAGAUUUUCUAAAUUUAUAUCUAGUACAGUUUUUAUACGGACAUAAUUUUAUAUGAUGAUUUUAUAUUGCAAAUUAAAAUAUUGAUUGAUUAUUGAUUUGAUUAAAUUAGAGCCAUGAUAUUAUGGAUCUACGGGAUUGUGACCUUCCGAACUUUUUAAAUAUUUUGUACCAAUUUCUUUAAUCAUUGUUUUUUAUUUUUUAAACUAAGAAGUUUUUUAUUCUUCUAAUGUUUAAUCGUGACCUUCACUUGUGACCCCCAGUGUACAGGAUUGUAUUUCAUGUAUUUUUAUACAUUUUGUUGUUAUUUUACCAACA